AUGCCAUUUACGGUCUUCUCAGUAACAUUGGCUGUACAAGGUAUGAACAUUCAGUCCGAGGUGUGUUUGUGGACGCUACUCGGACUGGUGCGGACCAUUUUCGAUGCUACACUAUUCAAAGUUAACGCUAAUCUUAAACAGGAAGAGAGACCAACGCUAGUACUGCCUUGGCUACUGUUGGCUGCUAUCAGAAACUUUCUCUGUGAGUUGACGAGCUUGGCUCUUGGUUUAGGAACAUGUGUCCUACUCGGCCCAGCCAGACCGCCAUGCAUUAAGUUCGUCAUAACUAAACUUGGCUCUAUAAUGCCUUCUUUUUAUAUGUGGAUGCUGAUUUUCAGUUACUAUCAUAAUCUUAAAUUGGCAACUGCUUUUAAAACCUUCGCGGUGUCCACGUCUAGUAAUCUGGAUUACGGUUUGGAAUUAGCAGUACGGAGACGUAGGACUAAAUCGUUGCAAGACGAGGAUCAGUUGCGAAAGAAGUUGAUUGCCAGUCUCUACCAUGAUAAUUUGGAACCCAAUAAUAAAGUUGUAUCGAGUUUGCAAACGGUCGAAGAAUCAAGAUUGGAGGUGGAACAAAACUUUAUGAACUCCAACAACGAAGAGGCUAAAUCAUCUUCAGAUAUGGCACAACCCUAUUCUGUUACGGCCACCAGAACAAUGUCUGAUAUAGGCACAUUUGAGGACUGGUUCGGUAGCGAAGUAGUCCUACCAAGAGACGCUGAUCGCAUUCUAGAACAGUUUGUACUGAUGUUAAUGAGGAUAGGAGCGUAUCUGAAGAAAAGCGAUGCCGACCUAAAAAAGUUUUUAAGCGUCAACUCUCAAGUGCUCUCGCCGAAAGGAAAUAAACAGGAAUGCCAAGCGAUGCCAACCGAAGAAACUGAUACACCACCGAUAGUUGGCACCAGCAAGGGAAGGAUGCAGUCAUAUCUACUCGAAUAUCCGGAUAUUUUUAUGAGAAAACCAUCAGACAUAUUGGGACCGCAUAACAUUAAUGAGAAACUACGAGAAACAAAACAUUUUGAUGAAAGCAGUUAUAAAUCGGCGUCAUUUGCUUCAAUAACAGGGAAUUCGUUAGAUAAAGUGAGCGAUUCACCUAAAUAUAAAGACUUUCUCGGGAAGAAAAAAAAUUUUAUACACUCCGAACCAGAAAUUUCUAUGACCAGACAAAAGAGUGUGGAAAAGCAUGUCGAACAUUUAAGAACUUCAAGCAGUAAUUUAGUAAAAGAACCCAGUAGUUUAAAGUUAUCGUCAUCAGACUGUAUUAGGGAAAUUUUAAAUAGUCUCGAAGAUAGAACAGCUUUAGCCUUAGAGCAAAAAUCAAAAGAGUACAAUAAUAAGGAUUCCGGUUCAUAA